GGUUAAAAAUGUGCAGUCCUCAAGCUGGGUACAAACCCCAUCUCUGUGGCUGCCUGCAGGUUGCAUAUUGGGACACAGAGGAUCUGGUAAGGAUGAAGAAGUGGGAUAGUUUAGAUUCAGGGGAGUCUGAGGACCCGCCCCAAGAGGACUCCUGCCAGGACCCUCCAGAUGGAGACCCCAACUCCAAGCCACCUCCAGCCAAGCCCCACAUCUCCAUGGUUAAGAGCCACACUCGGAUCUUUGGGAAGGGUAACUCAGAGGAGGCGUCACCUAUGGAUUGCUCUUACAAGGAAGGCAAGCUGGUCUCCUGCCCGACCAUCACAGUCAGCUCUGUUGUCACCAUCCAGAGGUCUGGAGAUAGUCCUAUCUGUGCCAGGCAGCCAUCCCAGCACUCUGUCCCUGAUGGUGCCGAGAAGCCCCUCAAGCUCUAUGAUCGCAGGAGCAUCUUUGACGCUGUUGCUCAGAGUAACUGCCAAGAACUGGAGAGCCUGCUGCCCUUUCUGCAGAAGAGCAAGAAGCGCCUCACUGACAGCGAGUUCAAAGACCCUGAGACAGGGAAGACCUGUCUGCUGAAAGCCAUGCUUAACCUUCACAACGGGCAGAAUGACACAAUCUCUCUGCUCCUGGACAUUGCCCGGCAGACUGACAGCCUGGAGGAGUUUGUCAAUGCCAGCUACACAGACAGCUACUACAAGGGCCAGACAGCGUUGCACAUUGCCAUCGAGAGACGGAACAUAGCACUGGUGACACUCCUGGUGGAGAAUGGAGCAGAUGUACAGGCUGCAGCCAAUGGGGACUUCUUUAAGAACGCUAAAGGGAGGCCUGGCUUCUACUUUGGUGAGCUGCCCCUCUCCCUGGCUGCAUGCACCAACCAGCUGGCCAUUGUGAAGUUCCUGCUGCAGAACUCCUGGCAACCGGCAGACAUCAGUGCCAGGGACUCGGUGGGCAACACCGUGCUGCAUGCCCUGGUGGAGGUGGCUGAUAACACAGUGGACAACACCAAGUUUGUGACAAGCAUGUACAAUGAAAUUCUGAUCCUGGGGGCCAAGCUGCACCCCACACUGAAGUUGGAGGAACUCACCAACAAGAAGGGGCUCACACCGCUGGCUCUUGCUGCCAGCAGUGGAAAGAUCGGGGUCUUGGCCUAUAUUCUCCAGAGGGAGAUCCAGGAGCCUGAGUGCCGGCACCUAUCUAGGAAGUUCACAGAGUGGGCCUACGGACCAGUGCACUCCUCACUUUAUGACCUGUCCUGCAUUGACACCUGUGAGAAGAACUCUGUGCUGGAGGUGAUUGCCUACAGCAGCAGUGAGACCCCUAAUCGCCAUGACAUGCUCCUGGUGGAGCCCUUGAAUCGACUCCUGCAAGACAAGUGGGACAGAUUUGUCAAGCGCAUCUUCUAUUUCAACUUCUUUGUCUACUGCUUGUACAUGAUCACCUUCACUGCAGCUGCCUACUACAGACCUGUGGAUGGCUUGCCUCCCUAUGAAUUGAAAAACACCGUUGGAGACUAUUUCCGAGUCACUGGAGAGAUUCUGUCUGUAUUAGGGGGAGUCUACUUUUUUGUCAGAGGGAUUCAAUAUUUCCUGCAGAGGCGUCCAUCUAUCAAGAGCUUGUUUGUGGACAGCUAUAGUGAGACGCUUUUCUUUGUGCAGUCACUGUUCAUGCUGGUGUCUGUGGUGCUGUACUUUAGCCAGUGCAAAGAAUACGUGGCUUCCAUGGUGUUCUCCCUGGCCAUGGGCUGGACCAACAUGCUCUACUACACCAGAGGCUUCCAGCAGAUGGGUAUCUAUGCUGUCAUGAUUGAGAAGAUGAUCCUGAGAGACCUGUGUCGAUUCAUGUUUGUCUACCUUGUUUUCUUGUUUGGGUUUUCCACAGCGGUGGUGACACUGAUUGAGGAUGGGAAGAAUGAAUCUCUGCCAGUUGAAUCCACGUCACCAAAUAGGCGGGGGCCUGGCUGUAGGUCCCCGCCACCGAACAACUACAACAGCCUGUACUUUACAUGUCUGGAGCUGUUCAAGUUCACUAUCGGCAUGGGCGACCUGGAGUUCACUGAGAACUAUGACUUCAAAGCUGUCUUCAUCAUCCUGUUACUGGCGUAUGUGAUUCUCACAUACAUCCUCCUGCUGAACAUGCUCAUCGCCCUCAUGGGAGAGACGGUCAACAAGAUUGCACAGGAGAGCAAGAAUAUCUGGAAGCUGCAGAGAGCCAUUACCAUCCUGGACACAGAAAAGAGCUUCCUGAAGUGCAUGAGGAAGGCCUUUCGCUCGGGCAAGCUGCUGCAGGUGGGGUUCACCCCUGAUGGCAAAGAUGACUACAGGUGGUGUUUCAGAGUGGAUGAGGUGAACUGGACCACCUGGAACACCAACGUGGGCAUCAUCAAUGAGGACCCGGGAAACUGCGAGGGUGUCAAGCGCACUCUGAGCUUCUCCCUGAGGUCCGGCAGAGUUUCAGGGAGAAACUGGAAGAAUUUUGCUUUGGUUCCCCUUUUGAGGGAUGCAAGCACUCGAGAUAGGCACUCUGUCCAGCCUGAGGAGGUUCAUCUGAAGUACUUCUCAGGAUCCCUUAAGCCAGAAGAUGCUGAGGUCUUCAAGGAUUCUGUGGCUCCAGGGAAGAAGUGAGGGACCCCAUGCAGGGUACCCUAGAUGCUGGGCCCAUGGGUGCCCCACUGCCAUUGGGGGACUGUUGAGGGAACACCAGCACCCUGUCCCCAGCCUGUUCCUCUCCAUGCCUGCCUGGAUGUGUUCCUACGACUGCACUGGACACAUUUCAGGAAGUGUGAUGGGGUGGAAUACAUAUGCAUCCAGCCAUCACUGUCUCCAGAAAAGUUUGAUGACCCUUCCUUUAUGAAAUGAGCUUAACACAUAAUCAGAAGAAAUAUCUGUCUAAGACAUGAAUGGAUGGUGUUAAUGUCUGUGGUGGUCUCAGAAGACCCUGGUUGAGAAGAUCUCGGGCCCUUGCAUCUUGUGAACAAAGAAUUGGACAGAGACACAGAUUGCAAAGCAGAAGGAAAGCUUUACUGAAAGAGAAAGGGAAGUAUAGGUAAAAGCAUGCACUGUG